UACCCACACCCUGGAUGCAGGCAGGCGUCCACACACCGGCAGAUUCACUCAGCUUCCUUGCCGCUCUCCUCUCUCCAUCUCUCUAUCGCUGUCCCUCCCUACUCUCUCCGCCGGUGGAUUUUAGCCCACUGCUUCGUGGAACGUCGGUAUCUUUCUCACCUUUGCCAGCCAAAAUGUCUGACAAGCCUGACAUGACCGAGAUCGCUCGUUUCGACAAGACGAAGCUGAAGAAGACGGAGACAAAAGAGAAAAACCCUCUGCCCACCAAAGAGACCAUUGAGCAAGAGAGGAAAGGCGAUGCCACACCUUGAUUCAAGCACACGAAGAAAAGAAGCUGAGAUGCGGCAACAAAAAGCACUUUCUUUUGAUUAUCACAGUAUUUGAAUCUCUUUCAUUGUCUUCAGAAAUGGGUGCUCUUAAGCUCCCUAGGGUGCUGUAAGGGUAUAUGGCAUCCUCACAAGGGGGCCUCUGUAACCAAUAUGAAAACUCCAGCCUGGGUGCCUGUCUUGUGCUGUUGGCGUAUAGCUAACAUGUCUCCAAUGUUGCCAAACUGGGAAGUGGUGUAGUGAUGUAGCACAGAGAGACAGGCAGGCAUCCAGGCUAUAGGGCUGGUGGGGAGUUGGUUAUGGACAUGGGAGUAAUUGAAGUUAAAUCAUGUGGGAUGUUUUCUUAAUCAACUUUUUACUUUUAUUUAUGAAAUAAAAAUGAAGACAUGGAACCAGUCA